GAAGCUGGCUCACGCUUGCUCCUUAAUAAAGAAAGUUCCGGUGGUGAAUCCUCAUCGUCAGAGAUCCCGUUCAGCGACAUCACACGAUCAAAUUUUUCUUUGAUUCAAAUUAAAAAUUUUUUUUAAAAAGAAUUAUGUCGGAGUGCUUUUCGUGGAUUAAAACUAAAUACGGCUUGAACGCGAAUUCCACGAUGUCGGAUGUGAAUUUGGCAUUCAGGGACUGGAAUAUGGGUGCGCUAGUUCUCAUCAGUGUCAUCAUUUUGCCUGGCAUUCUGGGAAACUCUCUGGUGAUGGCGAUUUUUUACAGGGAGUUCAAGAAGUCAGCGUAUAGAACGUUUGUCCUGUGGCUCGCAGUGUUAGAUCUCGCCGGGUGUCUUCUAGUAAUGCCGUACCUCUUGGUCAAUAUCGUGACCCCAGUAUCCAUGGACAACGAGGUCGUCUGUAAAGUGGGAAGAUUUUUAUCCUACGUCAUCAUGAUGACGUCACAUUUUAUUCUGGUCGUUAUUGCGGUGGACAGGUAUCGUAAAAUUUGUAAGCCACAUUCUUUUCAAAUUGCGCAAUCGAAGACAUCACGCUGUUGUUUGGGAAUGUUGAUUUUCUCAUUAAUUCUUUCCAUUCCCGCGGUUAUUCUGUAUGGGAACAGUAGUCUGGAUAUAGGGAUUCCGGGAUUAAAGGCCACUCGGUGUUUCACGGCGGAUAAAUACAAGGAUUCUCCCGGGCAUCUCAUUUACUACAUCGUCAUCAACGUUGUAGGGGCCAUGGUUACUCUGCUAAUUUCUGUGCUUUAUUUUCAAGUCAUUCGAAAGAUCAGAAAACAGUUUCAAGAAAACGAGAGGACGCUUCAUCCCAGCGUUCCAAAACUGCAACACAGCGGAAGUAAUUGGGAGAAAAAAAUAAACCGGAAGUUGGUCAAAACGACGGUGACGUUGUUGGCGGUAACCGUUGUAUUCGUGCUGACUGUAUUCCCUCAUACUCUGUUAGCCCUGGUUGAUUACUCGGUGGGGAGUUUCUUCUGUCGUUUGAGCUUCGCUGAAGGAGUAGCUUACAAUACGGCGAUGUAUUUCUUUUUGCUGAACAGCGUUUUGAACAGCGUAAUUUACGGGUUCACGGACAAAAGGUUCAAGAGGAGAUUUUUGUUGUUGUUCAAGAGACAACAGUUCAAUGUGAACAACCAGGAAACAACAGAUGGAACGUCCUCAAACAACGUAAUAUAGAAUAUGUAAAUUCUGGUCUAAUAUCUGGUGCCACAUUUUGUAAAUGAGAACUGGUUAAAAGGGAGGACCAAACCCAUUCAAAAGCGAUCAUUCUUCUUUGCGUGCGGGAGAUACAAGCAUGCAAUAAAUAAAAUUUCAGUACGAUGAUAAAAAUUAAGCCUUAUCAUUGCUCCAAUACUUGUAAGCCUGAAAACUAUUGAAAAUAAAAACUCAAAAGCUUUA